UCAACGAGUGGUUUGCCUGCCACUCAAUUCAGUCUUGCCCGUCAGUUGGUUGGUCUCCUUCGGACGACUUACACGCUUGAGGAUUGUUCUUUAUCUUCGCGCCCUUUUACUCGCCCGAUACUCUCGUGUGACACGUUCGGCGGAAAGUGUCUGUGGAAAUUUCUGUGAGUGGUCUGCUUUUUCUCCAAGAAGUGACUUUGUCGUAAGGACAAAAUUCAGUGGUGGUGUUGUGAAAAGUUCUAACUGAAAAAAAAGAAAGGUUCUUGAGGUUACCAGGAUCUUCCAGCUGAUCACCAAGACAGCCCUAUUUGGGGGAUUUUCCAAGAUACGGGUACCGUGAUGAAAAUUUAACGGAGAAUUUCCUCAACAACACCAUCCCGCGCACCAACGGAAAAGAAAGUUCUUAAGCUAAUUUACAAGUGUAUCACCCUACUGGCUGCAAUUUCCUGACCAGAUCAAAGAAGUGCAUCGGUUUGUUUUUGACUUUUCCGGGAAAAUUGCGCAAUCAAUUCGGAAUUUGCAGUCAUUCUUUUGAUGACUCUGUGGAUGCCCAAGGGGCUCUGGUGACGAAUAAAAGUGCGUUUUCUGGACAAAAGUGAGUGUUUUUUAUGAGGGACAUGGCGCACAAUCCGACGGGAAUGAUGAGUGGAAGUUCUUGGAUGAGUUUUGCAGUGAAAUUCAUCGUAAUUCUCAGUGCCAUCGCACAAAUCAAGACUGAUUCUCAUGCUCAAUCGCUGUCGAAAGGUGAACCCAUGUUCAUAAGCAGAUCUGAAACUUUUAAAUUCGUCGCAGGAGAAACUAUUCAGCUGCCAUGUGAGGUAUCAAAUACAGAAAACUACAUUGUGGCCUGGAAACGAGGGAUUGCCAUACUGUCAGCCGGCACAGUUAAAGUGACUCCAGACCCACGGGUGCGAUUAGUUAAUGGAUUUUCCUUGCAAAUUAGAGACGCAGUGCCACAAGACGGUGGUGAUUACAUAUGUCAAAUAGCUACUCUGGAGCCAAGGGAAAUUACACACACCGUGGAAAUUCUAGUUCCGCCAAAGAUCAAUCACAUCACUUCGGGGGGACACUUGCAGGUGAAGAAGGGGGCUUCAGUAAGAAUUGAGUGUUCAGCAUCGGGAAAUCCCACUCCUAAUAUCACCUGGACUAGAAGAAACAACAUUCUGCCAAACGGUGAAGAGCGACUUUUCUCACCAAUCUUAUCCAUUGAGAACAUGGACCGACACAAAAGUGGCAUUUAUAUUUGUCAGGCAAGAAAUGGUGUUGGUCAGCCUGCCAGCAGUCAAGUUGUGCUUCAUGUUCUAUAUCCACCUGAAAUAAGUGUGGAGACACCAGUUGUGUACUCUGGCGAGGGGGAAGAGGCCAUGAUCGUGUGUAUUGUACAUGGAGAAGCCCAACCAGAGGUCACAUGGUUCAAGGAGACGAUGCAAUUGGACACGACUGAACGGCACAUCAUGGAGAAUCGAGGCUCACGUCACACGCUGAUUAUCCGGAAAGUUCACCUGCAGGAUUUCGGCAACUAUUCCUGUGUGGCCGAGAAUCCCCUGGGAAAAGCGAGACAAACUUUGGCCCUCAGCGGAAAACCCAAUACGGCAAUCUUCCGGUCGGCGCCCAUUAGUCAAUACAAAGACAGGUACAAUAUUUCAUGGACUGUCGACUCACAUUCUCCCGUCGAGGAAUUCAAAUUGUUUUUCCGGCGAGUGCCCCAGGGGCAUGAGAUUGACAACAGCAUAGAGCAGUCACAGCCGCUCCAGCAUCAGGGUGUCAUCUACAGUCAGAGAGGAUAUAGUACUGGACACCACUGGCUACCUCCACGUUCAGAAUGGCGGGAUGUUGUCUUACCUGCCAUUCCGUUAUCUCACCACUUUACCCAAGGCAAGAGCUACAUGAUCCGAAAUCUCGAUCCCAACCAACAGUACGAGGCUAAAGUGCAGGCCAGGAAUCGGUAUGGCUGGAGUGAGUUGUCUGAGAGUUUCGAGUUCAGCACUUCAAUGAAUGAUGAAUAUACCGAUAUCGCGACUCUUAUCAACCGUGGCCUCUCAGAUUCCGAAAUGCGAGAUAUGGGUGUAACAUUCUACAGUAGUCAUGGACGAUCUCUCAUCUUUAGUGGUAGAUAUUUCCAGAUAUUUAUGCAAAUCCUCAUAUUUUUGAUAUACUUUUGUAUGUAAAGAAGGCAGUCAGAGUAAAAAGAAUCUCCCACAAAUCACUAUAAGAGAAAAUUUUCAAUCAAUAGAAGACAAAAAGCAUUGCACAGUCCAUUUUCUCAAAUCCUCUUUCUCUCAAUUGAUCUCCUGAGGAUGGUCUUUGGAGAAUAAAGCAAAAAAAAAUGUAGAUUCUCCUUAGAAGAAAACCCAUUUGUAAAUAAGUAAAUAGAUGAUAAAAAAUUUAAAUUUCCUUCACAAUUCUGCUCCAAAAUAGCAAAAUCCGCAGAGACACAAAAAGGAUAGAUGAUUUUCGUGAAACAAAAAAGAAUAACAAAAGAAAAAUAAGGAAAACAUACAAAAAACAAAA